UAGCAGAGGGCCUGGGGAAGGCGGAGCCAAACCUCAUCUCCUUCCAUUCCUCUUCCUCAAUGGACGGAUCGCUGGGGACCGCCCACCUCGCCAUGGUGACACGAGUUCCAACUCCUCCCCCUGUACCUCCAAAAUCAGACGCAGUGAGUCUCCACCCCCCUCCUCUCUCCCCCUCCUCUCUCCCUGCAUUCAGACACUCGUGGUAGAAAUGUGCCAAAACAUCGGCCAUAGAGACAGCAGAAGCAGUGGAAAAUAGAACAUUGCCACCAGAAAAUGUUGGAGUUUUAGAUUGGUUUAAGCUCUUCCAGAUGUGAUGGGGAAGAGCUGAGCCAUUAAGAGGUGAGACAUUAUUAGUACACGUUUACUUGCGGAAGCGAAUUUUGACGCUAGUCUAGUAUGGGAAUGCAAGUUUACUUACUAUCUCCUUCGGACCCUUUAGAAAACUGUUUAUAUGUUGACCCACUAACUCCUUGAGACUCUAUAUAAUCUAGUCUCUAUGUUGACCCACCAACUCCUUCAGACUCUAUAGAAACCAGUAUUUAUGUUAACCAAACAUCUCCUUCAGACUCUAGAGAAAUCUGUCUAUAUGUUGACCCAACACCUCCUUUAGACUCUAUAGAAAACAGUCUUUAUAUUGACCCACCAACUCCUUCAGACUCUAUAGAGUCCUACCUUCAUGUUGACCCAUCAUCUCCUUCAGACUCUAUAGAGUCCUACCUUCAUGUUGACCCAUCAUCUCCUUCAGACUCUAUAGAGUCCUACCUUCAUGUUGACCCAUCAUCUCCUUCAGACUCUAUAGAGUCCUACCUUCAUGUUGACCCAUCAUCUCCUUCAGACUCUAUAGAGUCCUACCUUCAUGUUGACCCAUCAUCUCCUUCAGACUCUAUAGAGUCCUACCUUCAUGUUGACCCAUCAUCUCCUUCAGACUCUAUAGAGUCCUACCUUCAUGUUGACCCAUCAAUCUCCUUCAGACUCUAUAGAGUCCUACCUUCAUGUUGACCCAUCAUCUCCUUCAGACUCUAUAGAGUCCUACCUUCAUGUUGACCCAUCAUCUCCUUCAGACUCUAUAGAGUCCUACCUUCAUGUUGACCCAUCAUCUCCUUCAGACUCUAUAGAGUCCUACCUUCAUGUUGACCCAUCAUCUCCUUCAGACUCUAUAGAGUCCUACCUUCAUGUUGACCCAUCAUCUCCUUCAGACUCUAUAGAGUCCUACCUUCAUGUUGACCCAUCAUCUCCUUCAGACUCUAUAGAGUCCUACCUUCAUGUUGACCCAUCAUCUCCUUCAGACUCUAUAGAGUCCUACCUUCAUGUUGACACAUCAUCUCCUUCAGACUCUAUAGAGUCCUACCUUCAUGUUGACCCAUCAUCUCCUUCACUCUAUAGAGUCCUACCUUCAUGUUGACCCAUCAUCUCCUUCACUCUAUAGAGUCCUACCUUCAUGUUGACCCAUCAUCUCCUUCAGACUCUAUAGAGUCCUACCUUCAUGUUGACCCAUCAUCUCCUUCAGACUCUAUAGAGUCCUACCUUCAUGUUGACCCAUCAUCUCCUUCAGACUCUAUAGAGUCUUACCUUCAUGUUGACCCAUCAUCUCCUUCACUCUAUAGAGUCCUACCUUCAUGUUGACCCAUCAUCUCCUUCACUCUAUAGAGUCCUACCUUCAUGUUGACCCAUCAUCUCCAUUUUUAUUUCACCUUUAUUUAACCAGGUAAGAAGCCAGUUGAGACCAAGUUCUCAUUUACAACUGGGACCUGGCCAAGAUAAAGCAAAGCAGUGCGAUAAAAACAACAACAACACAGCGUUACAUAUGGGGUAAACAAAACGUACAGUCAAUAACACAAUAGAACAUCUAUAUACAGUGUGUGCAAAUGUAGUAAGUUAUGGAGGUAAGGCAAUAAAUAGGCCAUGGUGCAACAUAAUUAUAAUUUAGUAUUAACACUGGAAUGAUAGAUGUGCAGAAGAUGAUGUGCAAAUAGAGAUACUGGGGUGCAAUUGAGCAAAAUAAAUAACAAUAUGGUGAUGAGGUAGUUGGGUGGGCUAAUUACAGAUGGGCUGUGUACAGGUGCAGUGAUCGGUAAGCUGCUCUGACAACUGAUGCUUAAAGUUAGUGAGGGAGAUAAGAGUCUCCAGCUUCAGAGAUGUUUGCAGUUCGUUCCAGUCAUUUGCAGCAGAGAACUGGAAGGAAUGGCGACCAAAGGAGGUGUUGGCUUUGGGGAUGACCAGUGAGAUAUACCUGCUGGAACGCAUACUACGGGUGGGUGUUGCUAUGGUGACCAAUGAGCUAAGAUAAGGCGGGGAUUUGCCUAGAAGUGAUUUAUAGAUGACCUGGAGCCAGUGGGUUUGGCGACGAAUAUGUAGUGAGGGCCAGCCAACAAGAGCAUACAGGUCACAAUGGUGGGUAGUAUAUGGGGCUUUGGUGACAAAACGGAUGGCACUGUGAUAGACUACAUCCAAUUUGCUGAGUAGAGUGUUGGAGGCUAUUUUGUAAAUGACAUCGCCAAAGUCAAGGAUUGGCAGGAUAGUCAGUUUUACGAGGGCAUGUUUAGCAGCAUGAGUGAAGGAGGCUUUGUUGGGAAAUAGGAAGCCGAUUCUAGAUUUAACUUUGGAUUGGAGAUGCUUAAUAUGAGUCUGGAAGGAGAGUUUACGGUCUAACCAGACACCUAGGUAUUUGUAGUUGUCCACAUAUUCUAAGUCAGACCCGCCGAGAGUAGUGAUUCUAGUCGGGCAGGCGGAUGCAAGCAGCGUUCGAUUGAAGAGCAUGCAUUUAGUUUUACUAGUGUUUAAGAGCAGUUGGAGGCCACGGAAGGAGUGUUGUAUGGCAUUGAAGCCCAUUUGGAGGUUUGUUAACACAGUGUCCAAUAAAGGGACAGAUGUAUACAAAAUGGUGUCGUCUGCGUAGAGGUGGAUCUGAGAGUCACCAGCAGCAAGAGCGACAUCAUUGAUAUACACAGAGAAAAGAGUCGGCCUGAUAAUUGAACCCUGUGGCACCCCCAUAGAGACUGCCAUAGGUCCAGACAACAGGCCCUCCGAUUUGACACAUUGAACUCUAUCUGAGAAGUAGUUGGUGAACCAGGCGAGGCAGUCAUUUGAGAAACCAAGGCUAUUUAGUCUGCCAAUAAGAAUGCGGUGGUUGACAGAGUCGAAAGCCUUGGCCAGGUCAAUGAAGAUGGCUGCACAGUACUGUCUUUUAUCAAUCGCGGUUAUUAUAUCGUUUAGGACCUUGAGCGUGGCUGAGGUACACCCAUGACCAGCUCGUAAAACAGAUUGCAUAGCGGAGAAGGUACGGUGGGAUUCGAAAUGGUCGGUGAUGAUGUUUGUUAAUUUGGCUUUCAAAUACUUUCGAAAGGCAGGGCAGGAUGGAUAUAGGUCUGUAACAGUUUGGAUCUAGAGUGUCACCCCUUUUGAAGAAGGGGAUGACCGCAGCAGCUUUCCAAUCUCUGGGGAUCUCAGACUAUACGAAAGAGAGGUUGAACAGGCUGGUAGUAGGGGUUGCGACAAUUUCGGCAGCUAAUUUUAGAAAGAAAGGGUCCAGAUUGUCUAGCCCAGCUGAUCUGUAGGGGUCCAGAUUUUACAGCUCUUUCAGAACAUUAGCUAUCUGAAUUUGGGUGAAGGAGAAGCAGGGGAGGGGGGCAUGGGCAUGUUGCAGCGGAGGGUGCAGAGUUGGUGGCCGGGGUAGGGGUAGCCAGGUGGAAAGCAUGGCCAGCCGUAGCAAAAUGAUUGUUGAAAUUUUCGAUUAUCGUAGAUUUAUCGGUGGUGACAGUGUUUCCUAGCCUCAGUGCAGUGGGCAGCUGGGAGGAGGUGCUCUUAUUCCCCAUGGACUUUACAGUGUCCCACAACUUUUUGGAGUUAGUGCUACAGGAUGCACAUUUCUGUUUAAAAAAGUUAGCCUUUGCUUUCCUAACUGCUUGUGUAUAUCGGUUCCUGACUUCCCUGAAAAGUUGCAUAUCGCGGGGGCUGCUCGAUGCUAAUGCAGUACGCCACAGGAUGUUUUUGUGAUGGUCAAGGGCAGUCAAGUCUGGGGUGAAACAGGGGCUAUAUCUGUUCUUAGAUCUGAAUUUUUUGAUUGGGGAAUGCUUAUUUAAGAUGGAGAGAACACUUUUAAAGAACAACCAGGCAUCCUCUACUGAUGAAGGUCAAUAUCCAUCCAGGAUAACCGGGCCAGGUCAAUUAGAAAGGCCUGCUCACUGAAGUGUUUUAGGGAGCGUUUGACAGUGAUGAAGGGUGGUCGUUUGACCGCGGACCGAUUACGGACGCAGGCAAUGAGGCAGUGAUCACUGAGAACCUGGUUGAAGACAGCGGAGGUGUAUUUAGAGGGUAAAUUAGUCAGGAUGAUAUCUAUGAGGGUGCCCAUGUUAACGGAUUUAGGGUUGUACCUGGUAGGUUCCUUGAUAAUUUGUGUGAGAUUGAGGGCAUCUAGUCUAGAUUGUAGGAUGGCCGGGGUGUUAAGCAUAUUCCAGUUUAGGUGACCAAGCAAUAUGAACUCUGAGGAUAGAUGGGGGGCAAUCAAUUCACAUAUGGUGUCCAGGGCACAGCUGGGGGCUGAGGGGGGUCUGUAGCAAGCGGCAACAGUGAGAGACUUAUUUCUGGAAAGGUGGAUUUUUAGAAGUAGAAGCUCAAACUGUUUGGGCACAGACCUGUCACGCCCUGGCUCUGGGGACUCUGAAAUGUUGAGCCAGGGUGUGGAUUUUCUAUGUUUAGUUUCACGGGGUAGCUUCUAUGUUGUGUUUUCUAUGUUUUGGGUUUUGUUCUAGAUCAUAUAGAUCUAUGUUGGUCAGGGUGGUUCCCAAUCAGAGGCAGCUGUUGCUCGUUGUCUCUGAUUGGGAGCCAUACUUAGGUAGGCUGUUUUCAGCUAUUCUUUGUGGGAUCUUGUUCUGAUUUGGUUUGUGUUAUACCGUAGACGUCACGUUAUCGUUGUUGUUUUGAUCGUGUGAUCAUUCUAAAUAAAUAAUAUGUUCACCUUCAACGCUGCGCCUUGGUCAGCUUCAUCAUGUGUCAACGAUCGUGACAAGACCUGGAUAGUAUGAUAGAGCUCUGCAGGCUAUCUCUACAGUAGAUUGCAACCCCACCCCCUUUGGCAGUUCUAUCGAGACGGAAAAUGUUGUAGUUGGGGAUGGACAUUUCUGAAUCUUUGGUGGCCUUCCUAAGCCAGGAUUCAGACACUGCUAGAACAUCAGGGUUGGCGGAGUGUGCUAACGCAGUGAAUAACUCAAACUUAGGGAGGAGGCUUCUGAUGUUAACAUGCAAGAAACCAAGGCUUUUGCGGUUACAGAUGUCAACAAAUGAUAGCGCCUGGGGAGCAGGAGUAAUACUGGGGGCUACAGGGCCUGGGUUAACCUCUACAUCACCAGAGGAACAGAGGAGGAGUAGAAUAAGGAUGCGGCUAAAGGCUUUAAGAACUGGUCUUCUAGUGCGUUGGGUACAGAGAAAAAAAUGGGCAGGUUUCCGGGCGUUGUAGAAUAGAUUCAGGGCAUUAUGUACAGACAAGGAUAUCGAAGGACAUGAGUACAGUGGAGGGAAACCUAAGCGUUGGGUAACAAUGAAAGAGAUAGCAUCACUGGAGGUACCGAUUGAGCCAGUCUCCGCGUGUAUGGGGGGUGGGACGAAGGAGCUAUCUGAGGCAGGUUGAGCGGGACUGGGGGCUCUACAGUGAAAUAGUACUAUAAGAACUAACCCAAACAGCAAUAGGCAAGGCAUAUUGACAUGGGAGAGAGGCAUAACGCAAUCACAGGUGCUAUUCGAGAGAGCUAAGACAACAGCUGGUAAUGGUGACGAAAGAUUGAGCUGAGGCUAAACAGAUAAAAAGGAUGGCGUACCGUAUAAAGGAACAGUCCAGCAAGCAUCAGCUGUGUAGCUGAGUGAUCAUAAGGUCCAGUGAACAGCAAUAGGUUAGUCCGGGAGCAGUUCAGUGGCUGCUAAAGCACAGGCGAGCAGGAGGCACAGCUGUUGAUUGCGUUUGCUAGCGGGCCGGGGCUAGCAGAUGGAUCUUCAUGGUCGUCACAACGGGAAGCCUGUUGAAACCACAUCAGACGAUUAUGUCGGCAGACCAGUCGUGAUGGAUCGGCGGGGCGUCGUGUCAACACCAGGAGGUCCCGUCCGGUUGACAGAGAGGUAGAUAGCCGGAAGAUGGGCCUGGCUCGAGGCUAGCUCAAGGCUAACUGGGGUUAGCUUCAGGACAGUGGUGAUUAGCCAACAAUGACAACAGCCAUUCGGUUGCAGCUAGCUAGUUGCGAUGGUCCGGCGUUAAGGUCCAGUGAUUCCGGCAGAAAAACCGGUAUGCUCUGGGUCGAUAGCGCGAUGUGCAGACUGGCCGAUAAUUGUCCAGGCUAGAGCUGGCUGGUAGGUAGUGCAGGCCAAGGACAGUGGUGAAGACCGCUAACGGUGGCUAAUAGCAAGUAGCUAGUUAGCUGGCUAGUUUCAGCCGUAGGUUCUUGAUAAAAAGGUAUAAGAAAUAAUAGAAUCCGUUCCACAUUGGGUGAGGCGGGUUGCAGGAAAGUAUAUUUAGUUAAAGGAUGGAAAGUGAGAUUGAGAAAUAUAUAUGAAAAAUACAAAAAAAACUAAAAAAACUGGCUAUCUACAGAAAACACGACCGCACUGCUAUGCCAUCUUGGAUAUCUUUCAGCCUCUAGAGAAUCCAGUCUUUAAGUUGACCCACCAACUCCUUCAGACUCUAUAGAAUCAGUCUCUAUGUUGACCAACCAGCUCCUUCGGACUAUAUAGAAAACAUACUUCAUGUUGACCCACCAUCUCAUUCAUAUUCUAUAAAAAACACUCUAUGUUGACCCACCAUCUUGUUUACACUCUAUAGACCACAGUCUCUAUGUUGACCCACCAUCUCCUUUACACUCUAUAGAAACCAGUCUCUAUGUUGACCCACCAUCUUGUUUACACUCUAUAGACCACAGUCUCUAUGUUGACCCACCAUCUCCUUUACACUCUAUAGAACACAGUCUCUAUGUUGACCCACCAUCUCCUUUACACUCUAUAGAACACAGUCUCUAUGUUGACCCACCAUCUCCUUUACACUCUAUAGAAACCAGUCUCUAUGUUGACCCACCAUCUUGUUUACACUCUAUAGACCACAGUCUCUAUGUUGACCCACCAUCUCCUUUACACUCUAUAGAACACAGUCUCUAUGUUGACCCACCAUCUCCUUUACACUCUAUAGAACACCAGUCUCUAUGUUGACCCACCAUCUCCUUCAGACUCUAUAGAACACAGUCUCUAUGUUGACCCUCCAGCUCCUUUAGCACUCGUAUCGAACCCAGUCUACCUUCCUGUUUGACCCACCAUCUCCUUUACACUCUAUAGAACACGUUCCUCUAUGUUUGACCCACCAUCUCCUUUACACUCUAUAGACCACCACAGUUCUCUAUGUUGACACCCCCAUCUCCUUUACACUCUUAUAGAACACAGUCUCUCUGGUUGACCCACCAUCUCCUUUACACCUCUAUAGACCACAGUCUCUCUGUUGGACCCACCAAUCUCCUUUUUACACAUCUAUAGAAACACAGUCCUCUCAUGUUGAUCCACCAGCUCCUUUACACUCCUAUAGACCACAGGUCUCUAUGUUGACCCACCAUCUCCUUUACCCUCUAUAGAAACAGUCUCUAUGUUGGCACCCCACCAUCCUCCGUUACACUCUAUAGAACCAAGUCUCUAUGUUUGACCCACCAUCUCCUUUAUUCCACUCUAUAAACACAGUCCUCUAUGUUGACCCCCCAGCUCCUUUACACUCUAUAGACCACAGUCUCUAUGUUGCCCCACCAUCCUCCUUACACUCUAUAGAACACAGUCUCGAUGUGACCCACCAUCCCUUUACACUCUAUAUAAACAUUCCUAUGUUGCCCACCAUCUCCUUCAGACUCGUAGAACACAGUCUCUAUGUUGACCACCAUCUCCUUUACACUCUAUAGAAAACAGUCUGCUAUGUUGACCCACCAUCUCCUUUACACUCUAUAGGACACAUCUCUAUGUUCCCCCACCCCUUUUAACUCUAUAAAACACAUCUCUAUUUUGACCAAGCCUUAGACAAAAAAACCAAAAACCCACAUCUCCUUAACUCAUAGAACACAGUCUCUAUGUUACCCACCAUCUCCUUUACACCUAUAGAACACAGCCCUCUAUGUUGACCCACCAUCCCCUUUUAACCUCAUAGAACAGUCUUUAUGUUGAAAACCAGCUCCUUCAGCUAUAAAACUCCUUAUGUUGAACCCACCAUCUCCUUCACCUCUAUAGAAACCAUUCUCUAUGUUACCCACCAUCCCCUUUUACCUCUAUAGAACCAGUCUCUAUGUUGACCCCCAUCUCCCACCUUUUUACCACUCUAUGACACAUCUCUUAUUUGAACCCCCUCUUCUUUUACACCAUCCCACUCUUAGAACCACCUUUACCCCAUCUCCUCACCUCUAUAGAAACAUUCUCUAUUUUCCACCAUCUCCUUACACUCUAUAAAAACCCAGCCCUUAUGUUGACCCACCAUCUCCUUCCCAUAAAAAAACCGUCUCUAUUGCCAAACCAUCUCCUUACCUUUAAAACACUGUUGACCACAUCUCUUUUACCCACCAGUCUUGAACCAUUAUCCUCACCUUAGAACCAUCUUUUUACCCACCAUCCUUUCACCUUUUUACCACUCAGUAAACCCCACCUUACUCUUAUUGUUGACCCACCAUCUCCUUUACCCCCAUAGAACACAGUCUCUAUGUUGACCCCCAUCUCCUUCAGACUCUAUAAACACAGUCUCUAUUUUUACCCACCAUCUCCUUUACACCCCUAAGAACACAGCCCUUAUGUUGACCCACCAUCCCCUUUACCUCUAUAGAAAAAGUCUUUAUGUUGAAAAACCAUUCCUUAACUCUAUGAACAGUUUUAGUUGACACCAUUCCUUUACCUCAAAUAAACCAUCUUAUUUGCCCCCCCACCAUCUCCUUACCUUAUAAACCAGUCUCAUGUUGACCCCUCCCACCAAACGCCAUUGCCCCCAGCUCUUCACCUCUAUAAACCUCCUAGUUGACCCACCAUCCCUUUACACUCUAUAAACCACAUCUCAUGUUGACCCACCAUCUCCUUACCUCUAUAGAAACCAGUCUCUAUGUUGACCCACCAUCUCCUUCACUCUAUAGAAACAGUCUCUAUGUUGACCCACCAUCUCCUUCACCUCUAUAAAAAACCAGUCCUUUGUUGACCCCAUCUCCUACCUCUAUAGAACAGUUCUAUGUUGCCCCCAAAUCUCCUUCACCUUACCUCUAUAAAACCUUUUUUUUUUUCCCCUUUUCCCCACCUCCUUUCCUUAUAAACAGUCUCUAUGUUGACCCACCAUCUCCUUACCCUUAUAAAAACGUCUUAUGUUGACCCCCACUCCUUAAACUUAAAAGUCCUAUUUUGCCCACCAUCUCCUUCCUCUUAGAACAAGUCUCUAUGUUGACCCCCAUCUCCUUUCCCUCUAUAGAAAACCAGUCUUUAUGUUGGACCCACCAUCUCCUUUACAUCUUAACACAUCUUAGGUACCCCCCUCCCUUCACCUAAACACUCUCUAUUUAAACCUUUCCUUACACUCUAUAAACCAUCUCUUUACCACUCCCCUAUAGAACAAGUCUUAUGUUAAAAACAUUCUUCCACUUAUAAAAUCAUCUUUAUGUUGACCCACCAUCUCCUUCCUCUUAGAAAACCAGUCUCUAUGUUGACCCACCAUCUCCUUUCACUCUAUAAACAAGCUCUAUGUUGACCCACCACCCUUUCCCCCACCUUCUCCCUUUUGAACCAGUCUCUAUGUUGACCCACCACCCCUUUUAACUCUUAGAACCAGUCCUGUUGACCCCCAUCUCCUUACCUCUAUAGAAACCAUCUCUAUGUUGACCCCCCAUCUCCUUUACCUCUAUAGAAACCAGUCUCUAUGUUGACCCCACCCUCCCUUUAAACAUCUUAGGAACCCCCUCUUUACCCCACCAUCCUUAUUUGACACCAUUCUCACUUCUAUGAAACCAUUCCUUUUACCCACCAUCUCCUUCACCUUUGACCCACCUCUUCCUUUUCCUCCCCUUUAUAGAAACCGUUUUUAGUGACCCACCUUUCCCCUUUUCACCUCUUAGAAACCAGUCCUUUUGACCCCCCCCUUCCCUUUUAAAACCAUCUUUUUACCCCAUCUCCUUUAAUAAACACCCUUUGGACCCACCAUCUCCUUAAACUCUAUAAACACAUCUCUAUUUUGGGACCCCCUUUCCUUUCCUUUAUAACACAUCUCUAUGUUGACCCAUCUCCUUACCUCAUCCAUUCUCUUUUCCCCAAACUCCUUCAUUUUAAAACUCUCUUUUUAACUCUUUUCCUCUUACACCACCUAUUCCCCCAUCUCCUUUACCUUAUAGCCCAAAGUCUCUAUUUUGACCCACCAUCUCCUUCACUCUAUAGAAAACUCUCUAUGUUGACCCACCAUCUCCUUCACUCUAUAGAACACAGUCUCUAUGUUGACCCACCAUCUCCUCCCCUCUAAGAAACCAUUUCUUUAUGUUGCCCCCACCAUCUCCUUUCACCUUUUAAGAAACCGUCUUAUGUUGACCCCCAUCUCCUUAAAACCUCUAUAGAAACCAUUUUCUAUUUGACCCACCACUCCUUAAACCUCUAUAACCUCCUUUAAAUGUUGACCCCCCUUUCCCUUUUACACCUCUAUAGAAACCAGUCUUUAUGUUGACCCCCAUCUCUUUACACUCUAUAGAACACAGUCUCUAUGGUUGACCCCCAUCUCCUUAAACCUCUAUAGACCAACAGUCUCUAUUUUAAACCCCACCAUCUCCUUACCUCUAUAAAACACAUCUCUAUGUUGACCCCCAUCUCCUUACCUCUAUAGAACCAGUCUCUAUGUUGACCCCACCAUCUCCUUCACCUCUAUAGAACAGUCUUAGGGAAACCACCCCUUUUACUUAUAAAACAGUCUUUAUUUGACCCCCAUCUCCUUCACCUCUAUAGAAACCAGCCUUUAUGUUGACCCAACCAUCUCCUUCACCUCUAUAGAACCAGUCUCUAUGUGUGACCCCCACCAAUCUCCUUCCCUCUAUAGAAACCAAGUCUCUAUGUGACCCACCAUCUCCUUCACCAUAUAAAACCAGUCUUAUGUUGACCCACCAUCUCCUUCACCUCUAUAGAACCAGUCUCUAUGUUGACCCACCAUGCUCCUUCACCUCUAUAGAAACCAGUCUCUAUGUUACCCACCAUCUCCUUCACCUCUAUAGAAACCAGUCUCAUGUUGACCCACCAUGCUUCUUCACCCUCUAUAGAAACCAGUACUCUAUGUUGACCCACCAUCUCCUUCACCUCUAUAGAAACCAGUCUCUAUGUUGACCCACCACUUCCUUUCACUCUAUAGAACACAGUCUCUAUGUUGACCCACCAUCUCCUUCACCUCUAUAGAAACCAGUCUCUAUGUUGACCCACCAUCUCCUUCACCUCUAUAGAAACACAGUCUCUAUUUGACCCACCAAUCUCCUUCACCUCUAUAGAAACCAGUCUCUAUGUUGACCCACCAAUCUCCUUUACACCUCUAUAGAAACACAGUCUCUAUUUUGGGCCCCCAUUUUCCUUUACCUCUAUAAAAACACAGUCUCUAUGUUGACCCACCAUCUCCUUAAACCUCAUAAAAACAUUUUUUUAUGUUGAAAACCACUCCUUAACUUUAGAACAGUCUUUAUGUUGACCCACCACUCCUUAAACCUCUAUAGAAACCAGUCUCUAUGUGACCCCACCAUCUCCUUCCUAUAGACACAUCUUAUGUUGACCCCCAUCUCCUUUCACCUCAAAAAACCCCAUCUCUAUGUUGACCCACCAUCUCCUUCACUCUAAGAAACCAGUCUCUAUGUUCCCCCACCACCCCUCCCUCUAUAGAAACCAGUCUCUAGUUGACCCACCACUCCUUUCACUCUAUAGAAACAGCCUCUAUGUUGACCCCACCUCCUUACCUCUAUAAAAACCAGUCUCUAGUGACCCACCACCCCUUACCUCUUUUAACCACUUAUGUUGACCCCAUCCCUUUCACCCUAUAAACAUCUUUAGUUGACCCACCAUCCUUUCCCUCUAAAAAACCCAGUCUCUAUGUUGACCACCAUCCCCUUUUACCUCUAUAGAAACAGUCUCUAUGUUGACCCCCAUCCCCUUUUACCUCUAUAGAAACCAGUCUUUAUGUUGACCCACCAUCUCCUUCACCUCUAUAGAACCUUAUGUUGACCACUCCUUAAACCUUAUAGAACAGUUUUUAAAUGUUGACCCACCAUCUCCCUUUCACUCUAUAGAAACCAGUCCUCUAUGUUGACCCACCUCCCCUUCACCUUUUAAAAACCAGUCUCUAUGUUGACCCACCAUCUCCUUCACCUCUAUAGAAACCAGUCUCUAUGGUUGACCCACCAUCCCCUUUCACCUCUAUAGAAACCAGUCUCUAUGUUACCCACCAUUCCUUACCUCUAAAAACAGUCUCUAUGUUGACCCACCACUCCUUACCCUAUAGAACCAGUCUCUAUGUUGACCCACCAUCUCCCCCACCUCUAUGAAACCAGUCUCUAUGUUGACCCCACCUUUCCCUUACCUCUAUAGAAACCAGUCUUAUUUGACCCACCAUCUCCUUCACCUCUAGAAACCGUCUUAUGUUGACCCACCAUCUCCUUCCCUAAUAAAAAACAGUCUCUAUGUUGCCCCACCAUCUCCUUACCUCUAUAAAAACCAUCUCUAUGUUACCCACCAUCUCUCCUUCACCUCUAUAGAAACCAGUCUUUAUGUUGACCCACCAUCUCCUUCACCUCUAUAAAAACCCAGCUCUAUGUUCCCUCCCCCUUCACCUCUAUAGAAACCAUUCUUAUGUUGACCCACCAUCUCCUUUACACUCUAUAAACACAGUCUUAUUUUGACCCACCAUCUCCUUCACCUCUAUAGAAACCAGUCUCUAUGUUGCCCACCACUCCUUCCCUCUAUAAAACCAGUCUUUAUGUUUGACCCACCAUCCCCUUUCACCUCUAUAAAAACCAUUCCUAUGUUGAACCCCCUUUCCCCUCUAUAAAACAGUCUCUUAUGUUGACCCCCCCUUCCUUUAACCUCUAUAGAACCAGUCUUUAUGUUGACCCCACCUUCCCUUCACACUCUAUGCCCCACCUCUUUGUACCCAGCCUUCUCUAUGUCCCCCUUCCUUUACCCCCAUCACCUCUAUAAAACCCACCUCUAUUACCCAAGCCACUCUAGGGAACCACCUAUUUUACCCAUUCCCCUUCUUUUGAAACCCUUUUUGACCAACCCCCUUUACCCUCUUUAGGACCCCAUUCUCUUUCACCCAUCCCCACUCUAGGGACCCUUUCUUUUACCCAAAACCAUCCUUUCACCCAUCUCUACAUCUUUUGAACCAUCUUUUUGACCCCAUCCCCUUUCCCCCUUUUCCCUUUCCUCUUAUACCCCCCUCUUACCUCUAUAAAACCAUCUUUUUACCCAAAACCUCCUCUUUAGAACCAUCCUCUUUUAAACCAUCUUUACCCAUCCCCCAAACCAGUCUAUGUUGACCCACCAUCUCCUUCCCUCUAAAAAACCGUCUUUAUUUUGACCCCCCAUCUCCUCUUCACCUCUAUAGAAACCAGUCUUUAUGUUGACCCACCACUCCUUAAACUUAUAGUCCUUUCAUGUUGCCCACCAGCCCCUUUAUACUCUAUAAACACUUCUAUGUUGACCCACCAUCUCCUUUACACUCUAUAAACACAGUCUCUAUGUUGACCCACCAUCUCCUUACACUCUAUAGAAACCAUCUUAUGUUGACCCACAUCUCCUUCACCUCUAUAAAACAUCUCUAUGUUAAACCCCAAAUUUUCCCUUUACAUUUUUUAUUAACCCCAUUCCUCACCUCUUAAAACCCACUUUAUUAAACCACAUCUCUUUACCCAUAAACCAUUUUCUAUGAACACAUCUUUUUAACACCUCUAUAAAACCAUUUAUUUGACCCACAUCUCUUUCACCUCUAUAGAAACCAUCUUAUGUUAACCCACCACUCUCACUCUUAAAACCUCUUUAGAACCACUUUUCACCCAUCCUCUAUAGACCACUUAUUACCCCAUAAACCUUUUUUAAAGUAACCCCUUUUUACCCAAAACCCUUAUUAACCACCCCUUUAUAUAAAACCCCAUCUCUUUUCCCACCCUCUUAAACUCUAAUAUGCCACCUUAAUUUGAACCAUCCCCUUUACCAACCUUUCCUUUGAACCAUCUCCUUUACCCCAUACACCUCUUUUUGACCACCAUCCCCUUUAAACACUCAAACCACUCUAUUUGAACCAUCCUUUAACCUAUAAAACCACCUCUCUUUACCUUUUUAAAUUAGAACCAGUCUCUUUUUGACCCACCAUCUCCUUCACUCUAUAGAACACAGUCUUUAUUUGACCCCCAACUCCUUCACCUCUAUAGAAACCCACCCCUCUUUGACCCAUAAACCUUCCUCUAUGAACCAGCCCUUUAUUUAAAUCCACUUAAAUUUAACCAUCUUUUUACCCCACCCACCUCUAUGAACCCACUCUUUUAACCAAAACCCUCUCUAUGAACCCACCAUUGCCCCUUUUCCCCCCUCUAUAGAAACCAGUCUUUUUUUGGCCCCAAACCAUCCCUUCACCUCUAUAGAAACCAGUCUUUAUUUGACCCCCCAUCUCCUCCCCUCUAUAAACCAUCUCUAUGUUGACCCCCAUCCUCCCUUUAAAAGGGGUUUUUUUUCCCACCUCCUUCACCUCUUAAAAACCAUUAUGUCCCCCCACCCCUUUUACCUCUAUAUAAACCUCUUUUUUUUCCCACCUCCCUUCACCUCUAAAAACCAGUCUCUAUUUGACCCCCCUUCCCCUUAACCUCUAUAGAACAAGUCUCUAUGUUGACCCACCAUCUCCUUUAACCUCUUAAACCGUCUCAUGUUGACCCACCAUCCCUUUACACUCUAUAACCCAUUCUCUAUUUGACCCCAUCUCCUUCAGACUCUAUAGACCACAGUCCUUAUUGACCCACCACUCCUUCACCUCUAUAGAAACCAGUCUUGAUGUUGACCCACCAUCUCCUUCACCUCUAUAGAAACCAGUCUCUAUGUUGACCCACCAUCUCCUUCACCUCUAUAGAAACCAGUCUCUAUGUUGACCCACCAUCUCCUUCACCUCUAUAGAAACCAGUCUCUAUGUUGACCCUCCAUCUCCUUCACCUCUAUAGAAACCAGUCUCUAUGUUGACCCACCAGCUCCUUCAGACUCUAUAUAGUCCUACCUUCAUGUUGACCCACCAUCUCCUUUACACUCUAUAGAACACAGUCUCUAUGUUGACCCACCAUCUCCUUUACACUCUAUAGAACACAGUCUCUAUGUUGACCCACCAUCUCCUUUACACUCUAUAGAACACAGUCUCUAUGUUGACCCACCAUCUCCUUUACACUCUAUAGAACACAGUCUCUAUGUUGACCCACCAUCUCCUUUACACUCUAUAGAACACAGUCUCUAUGUUGACCAACAAGCUCCUUCACCUCUAUAGAAACCAGUCUCUAUGUUGACCCACCAUCUCCUUUACACUCUAUAGAACACAGUCUCUAUGUUGACCCACCAUCUCCUUUACACUCUAUAGACCACAGUCUCUAUGUUGACCCACCAUCUCCUUCAGACUCUAUAGACCACAGUCUCUAUAUUGACCCACCAUCUCCUUCACCUCUAUAGAAACCAGUCUUGAUGUUGACCCACCAUCUCCUUCACCUCUAUAGAAACCAGUCUUUAUGUUGACCCACCAUCUCCUUUCACCUCUAUAGAAACCAGUCUUUAUAUUGACCCUACCAUCUCCUUCACCUCUAUAGAAACCAGUCUUUAUAUUGACCCACCAUCUCCUUCACCUCUAUAGAAACCAGUCUUUAUAUUGACCCACCAUCUCCUUCACCUCUAUAGAAACCAGUCUUAAUAUUGACCCACCAUCUCCUUCACCUCUAUAGAAACCAGUCUUUAUGUUGACCCACCAUCUCCUUCACCUCUAUAGAAACCAGUCUUUAUGUUGACCCACCAUCUCCUUCACCUCUAUAGAAACCAGUCUUUAUGUUGACCCACCAUCUCCUUCACCUCUAUAGAAACCAGUCUCUAUGUUGACCCACCAUCUCCUUCACCUCUAUAGAAACCAGUCUUUAUAUUGACCCACCAUCUCCUUCACCUCUAUAGAAACCAGUCUUUAUAUUGACCCACCAUCUCCUUCACCUCUAUAGAAACCAGUCUUUAUAUUGACCCACCAUCUCCUUCACCUCUAUAGAAACCAGUCUUUAUGUUGACCCACCAUCUCCUUCACCUCUAUAGAAACCAGUCUUAAUAUUGACCCACCAUCUCCUUCACCUCUAUAGAAACCAGUCUCUAUGUUGACCCACCAUCUCCUUCACCUCUAUAGAAACCAGUCUUUAUGUUGACCAACAAGCUCCUUCAGAUUCUAUAGAAACCAGUCUUUACUUUGACCCAUCAGCUACUUCAGACUUUUUAGAAACCAGUCUUUAUGUUGACCAACCAACCAGCUCCUUGAGACUCUAUAUAAUCCAGUCUUCAUGUUGACCCACCAUCUCCUUCAGUCUAUUAUUAUUAUCUAAUUAUUCAGAAACCACUAUGUGUGUGUGUGUUUGUAUGUGUGUCUGUGGUUGUGUGGUUGUUUAUGUGUGCAGGUGAGAGAAGAGUGCAGGUUCCUGAUCCCUCCUCCAGUUCCUCCUCGAUGCUGUAAAGGAGAGUCAUCCCCUUCCUGUCCUAGCCCCGCCCCCAGCCCACCGAUCCCACCCCGCUUCCCUCGGACACACCUCUCAUGCUACUCCUCUGGAACAACAGACAGGUACACACACGCAAAGACACACACACACACACCUCUGGAACAACAGACAGGUACACACACGCAAAGACACACACACACACCUCUCAUGCUACUCCUCUGGAACAACAGACAGGUACACAUGGACACACCUUAAUCCCAUCUCUCUCUCUCUCUCUCCCUCUCCCUCUCUCUCUCUCUCUCUCUCUCUCUCUCUCUCUCUCUCUCUCUCUCUCUCUCUCUUCUCUCUAGUUGUUCCGUAUCUCUUCCAGACUCAUUUGUCUACUGUUAUCCCUGUUCCUGGACUGAUCCCUCCCUCUCCAGCCCUGAGCCAAUCUCUGCUCUCCCUGCCGACAGCCUGGCCAAUCCCCAGCCUGCGCAGGCCUCCUGGGCGGAGCCAUGGAGCUGUAACUCCUCUUCCUGGCUGAGGCCUCCGCCCCCUCAGAGCCGAUUCGCUCCCUUCGGAGCGCUGAACCCCUUUAACCCUAGUCGCUUCACCUGCCCAUCUCCAGAGCCAGUACCAUCCAAUCAGAUAUCAGAGUUCUCCAGAGGCGCCGAGGGAGGCGGGACUUUCGAGGGGUCGACUCAGCCUAGUGACCCUGCCUGGCGCCCGCCCACCGACCUGUCUGCGCUCUCAUUGGAGGAGGUGUCUGCCAGUCUGAGGUUCAUCGGCCUAUCAGAGGCGGCAGUGGGCGUGUUCCAGAGAGAGCGUGUUGACGGGAGCCUCCUGGUGCGGCUCGAUGAGGAGACCCUGUCACAUGACUUCCACCUCAGCCGACUGCACGUCACAAAGAUCACACAGUUUAUACAGGGCUGGAGGCCCAAGAUA